GCACAAGUGGUGUAACGGGGGGGCCGUUAUUGUCACAUUGCGCGCAGCCUGUGCAGCCGUUUCAACAUUUAGCAAGGGCAAAGACAAAACAGUCGCAUCCAGCCAACAUGGGGAAGGUGGAAGGAGGAAUGAAGUGUGUGAAAUACCUUUUGUUCGUGUUCAACUUCAUAUUCUGGUUGAUGGGAUCCUUCGUUCUGGCGGUGGGACUGUGGCUCCGCUUUGACCCGGAAACGGUUUCUCUGCUCAGUGGCGAAAAGGCCCCGGAUACCUUCUUCAUCGGUGUGUAUAUCCUGAUUGGCGCUGGCAGCCUGGUGAUGUUAGUUGGUUUCUUUGGCUGCUGUGGAGCUGUUAGAGAAUCUCAGUGCCUGCUGGGUUCUUUCUUUGCAUGUCUGCUGAUCAUCUUUGGCUCGGAGGUGGCCGCCGGGGUAUUUGGCUUCUUAAACAAAGACAGGAUAAUCGAAGAUGUCCAGAACUUCUACAAAAAAACCUACAAUGACAACAACAACAACAGCAACAACACAAUGAUCAUCUCUUACCAGAACGUACUCGACUGUUGUGGAACACUUGAUAGCCCAUGCCCUGAUUCUCCACCAGAUACCAAGGACUGUGAGACGGGCAUUAAAGAGUUCUUCAACAAUAAGCUCUUCAUCAUCGGGUACGUGGGCAUCGGCAUCGCCGGAGUCAUGAUCAUUGGGAUGAUCUUCAGCAUGGUGCUCUGCUGUGCCAUUCGCAACAGCAGGGAGGUCAUCUGAGCCACAUUCAGUGACCCCUCUCCCCUCCUGUAUCCAGCCCCUAAAGACUGUACAGCACUUCCAAUUUCUCCACAAGGGAACCAUAAAAUAGAACAUGUUAAAAAAAGAAAUCAUUUCCACUAUGGUGCUCAGUCCCCCUCUUCUGGAUGAUCUUUGACUAUUUUCCUAUUUUUUUAUUUUAAUUUUUUUUUAAUUUCCAGCCGCAAGCCGAGUUGGACCUUUUUUUAACUAGCCUUCUGAUAAGACUUUCGCAUAUCGAGUUGGGAACAGUAGAGUUUCUAGUGUUGACUUGACCAGUCCAUGGCCAUUUGGCCACCACUACAAUUUGUAACCCGCAUACUAUCACAGUACUGUCAAUGCUUUUUUCACACAGCCUUGACACUGACCCCUCGGCUGUGGGAAACUUAAGCCUGAGAGAGCAAUGUGAGGUGAAAGCAUUUCAGUUUGCUUAUCUGUGCACAUAAAAAACACACACGCACGCAAACACACACACACACAAAAGUGCACAGACAUAGAAACACAACACACACAUGUUGUGUUACGUGAGACCGCAGCCUUAAACAUUUCCUGGCUUCUGAAGGGGAGUUCUGAUUGGCUGGACCAGAGUGGAGCAUCAGGAGAGGGAAUGACUGGUUAGUGGAUCUCUCAUGCAACACACACACACACACACACACACACACACACACACACAUAGACACCUCAAAUCACACAAGUUGCUCUCUAAAGCAAAAAUCUUAAAUCUUAAAUGAACAGUUUAAUAAAUGAAAGAAUUUAAUGUUUUGAAGGAGCCUCAGCCUGCAGCCAGCGCGCUUAACUUAGCUUAGCAUUAACCCUGUAAACCGUAAAAGCACACACCUGGUACACUCAUACAUUUCUAAUGCAGAUUUUCUUGCCUGUGGACUAAUUCGAGGUGCGUGUUUUUCCGUGUGUUCAGUUUUUAUGCUAAGUGAUGCUAAUUGGUUUGACAAACACAAGAGCACUGUUGGUCUUUGUAUCUCACUCUCGGACACAAAGCACCAUCUUUAAAGUAUACCAAACUUUUGCAUGUUUUAGUUUAUAUGCUACAAUUUUCCAAAAAUAAUAACAACUGCUAGAAAUUAACUAACAAGCUAACAGGAGCGGUAGGAAAGGUACGUGAUUAAUCUAAAAUGUGUCUCCUACAAGGGCAAACACAUAAAGUGGACCAAUACUUAUUCAUCUUCAAAACCUGCGACCGAAACCACAAAUCAAUUCUAAAGUGUUUGGCAGAGGUCCAAGUGUUAUAGUUGCCUCUUCUUACUCCUUCUUUGAUAAUAAAUAAGCUUGCUUAUGUAAGAGAGUGCUCCUCACUCUCCUUUGACUGCAUGUCUGGAAGACCCAGAUGACGUGGACAUGUUUACACGCUGUACGUAUACUAGCCGGUCUGCUAAGAAUAAGCGGUGGAGGUGUUAUAUUUGGUUGUCCAAGCCAUUUGCUCUCAUCCCCUUUCCAUCUUUUUCCUUCUCUGUGCCUUAAAAGUACUUUACCUUCAACGUAAAAGUAGAAGCCAGUCCCUCUAUUCCUCUUACUUUAUUAACCUCAGCUAAGGUUGGAUAGUCAUCUCCAAUCUGAAAUUGCUUCUAUUCAUCCACAUUAAAUCAGGCCGCUUUUAAUUCUGUGAGUUCUUUCCAGUGUGUAAAUAUGCGUGUGUUUGUUAUUUUUUUUCUUUUCUAGUUGUACAUUAUUUGUGGCUGAUGUGAUCCUGUUUAACAAGCUGUGUCUAGACAAAUGUGUGCAGUAGUUGUACAGUGUUGUAGUCAUAACAGCGCUUGCGAUGUUCGAACUGCAUCUACGCAGCUAAGCCAGCUUCUAAAUGUGCCUUUCUUUGAUAAAGAGCUAGUUGGUGAGCUGCAGGCUGUCUAAAUGUAGAAAAAGAAACGAGCGUAGGAAAAGUGUACAUACGUUUGUAGAGUUGGACUGCAUUUAAGUGUCACACACGUUCGACGAGUAGCACAUAUGACCCGAGUCGCCGUUAUUUGUUUUGGUGUGUUUCAAAGUGUCGCACUCGACUGUGUCUCGUCUCAGCCAAGAGUUCUGAAGUGGUGCAAGCCAAAACCUCCCUGCCAUCUAUUUCAAAACUCCUUUGGUAGAACGAAAAUUUAUUCUGAGGACUCAGACCAACCCUGACUGAAACUGAGGAGUCAACAUAGGCUUAGGUACCACUUCCACAUUCCAGCGUUAGCUCUGAGGCAACACAAAAGAUACACGGCUGUCACUUCAGAGGCUCGCCGGCCUCGGCUCGGGUUUAUUGAUUUACAAUCCACAAAGCUGUUGCUGUGUUAUAUUUGUUGAAUCAAAGAUGGAACAGGCUGUGCACCUAAAAAAAAAUGUGUGCACAGUCAAGCCUUUCUUAGAUGAUUGUGUGUUAAUUUAUUUUAAUACCAUUCCAGCCUCUCAGGAAUAUAGAUGGUUGAUGUUUAAUAAAAGCUCUCAAGGUUUUA